GGACGCGCAGGAAACAAAGCCGGGGAGCAGAAAGGGGAGCCGAACCCGCCCCUCGUUCCGCCCGCGGCCGGACCACCACGCACGCAUGGCUUCGGUGGUGGCCAAGUGCACCCCCGCUUUCCCACCACCACCACCCCUGCCACCCACAACACUCCAGCCAGGGUCGCGCUGCAUGGAAGCGUUUCCCCCGGGGUUUCGCUGCUGGGAAGGGUCUCGGGCACGCAGCGCAGCAUGCCCGACGUGCAGCUGUGGACCAGAUCUCCUACCCUUCCGAGAUCGCGCUGACCUGAUCGAUUCCCGUCGGGCAGGCAUCUGGGCAGAGCCGGACAGGACAGACAGGCAAACACGGGCCCUUCCAGAACGAGGGGUGGCCCCCGGGGCAUCCGGUGGGAGUCUGCCAACACGUUCAAGCAAUGCGGAAAGGGGAAAAUUCACACACACAAAGCGAAACUGCCGGGAUCAUCGUGUUGUGUCCAUCCUUUUCUUUCCUGGGUUUGACAGCGGCGGCAUGGCAUGGCAUGGCAUGCAAGUCGUAACCCUCAAGUCCGCGCAGGAGACACGACCGGACGCAAGGCAAGGCAAGGCAGGUAUGGUUCGCAGGUGUGUGUGUGCCCGUGUGUGUGUGCGUGUGCGAAAGCCGGUGCGGUGUCCGGACUAUCUGUGCUAUGUUUCGUCUCGCCGCCGCCCUCGACACAGAUUGUAUUAUAGUUAUUAUAUUAUCAAACCCGGUAGCCGACCGUCAAAUGCCUGGCCGAGCAGGAGCGUGACAGGAAGCGGACGGGCCUGGCGCAACCACCAAACCUGGCUUCGCUUUUUCUGCGCCCCACGCCGGGGAGCGUGGACACGGCUCGGGGAGGGAGCGCAGGCAAUUGGGGACACCUUGUUUUUUCCCUCUCUCUCCCCUGGUCUUCGAUCCGUUCGCCAACGACAACGAGCAAGCCAAUGGCUGGCGUGGGAGGGAAGGCCGGACAGAAACUCGCCAGAGCUUAUCGGUGAGAAAGAGGGCCACUUAAUUAUUAUCCUCCGAAGAGGAGGAGGGCACAGCACACACGCAAGCACCGAAUACACCGCCUUUGAGUUGCGCCCUCAUCAAUCAACGACACCACACCCCCCCUCCAUCCUCAUCGGUUUGCCCUUGUGAGAAACAAAGUUGCAGCGGCACAGACACUAUCGUCUCAUCCGAUUGAGAAACCACCCCCGCGCAUCUCGCUCGAGGCACGCUCCGCUUAUGCAAGGAGCUAGGUCCCCUUGCUGCCACCUGCUCCCCCUUUUUUCUCGAACCCCCGGUUGCCUCACACACCCCGCUGCGCAAGAUGGAAACAAAUCGUCCUUUUUUGGGUGCUGUUUCAAAACAGUCCGUGCUCAUCGAGCCAGGAUCCCCUUCGAGUGGGCUAUUUACGUACACAGGAGAGCACAGACUGCCUCCAUCCCGGAAUUGAAGCCCCAAUUGAUUUCCUCCUGCCUCCCCAGACCAAAAGCUGCACUGUGCAUGUACAACAGCAAAAACCAGAAUGACAUGGGAUGAAAGGGUUCGGGCCUUUCGGAGGAGGAGGAGGAGGAGGAG